UGGAUUUCAGGUUUUAGCGCUCUAGUGGCUCCUUUCCUCCUUCUUACGGUACGAUGUUGCAACGUGCACGUCAAGUUUUUUUGGGUGCUCGCGCAUUCUCGAGCAGCACUAGGAGCACGGAUGUUGUUGUGUUGUCCGAGGAGGUACGAUCGUUUGUGCGUCGCUGCAUGAUUGCGGUUGGAACGCGUACAGAUCAUGCGGAGAGUUUAGCGGAAUUGCUGGUUGUUGCUGAUGAGAGAGGACAUUACAGCCACGGAUUGAACAGGCUGGGGAUGUAUGUAAGCGAUGUGUUUUCAAAGACGACAAGAACUGAUACAGAGCCAAAAAUAGUGAAACACACACCAGCUACAGCAUUCAUUGAUGGCAGGAAUGCUUUAGGACCGGUGGUGGGAAAAGUUUGCAUUGAUACGGCAAUCAACAAGGCCAAGAGUGUGGGAGUUGGUUGGGUAGCUUGUACAAAUUCUAAUCAUUAUGGCAUUGCUGGUUGGUAUGCCAUUCGAGCGGCAGAUCAGGGUCUUAUUGGAAUGUCGUUUACAAAUACGUCUCCACUGACUGUGCCUACAAGAUCAAGGGAGGCGGUGCUUGGAACUAACCCAAUAGCUGUUGCUGCUCCUGGAAAAGAUGGAGACCAUUUUGUAUUAGACAUGGCAACUUCAACUGUUUCCAUUGGGAAGGUUGAAGUGAAUCUCAGGAAAGGAAUGGCAAUACCUAGUGGCUGGGGUGUUAACAGUAAAGGAGUGGAAACUCACAAGCCACAAGCUGUACUCAGCGAUGGUGGACUGUUGCCAGUUGGAGGAACAGAAAUCUCUGGUGGCUACAAAGGUUACGGUUUGGCAACUAUGGUGGAAAUGUUUUGUGGGAUCCUGGCUGGAGCAUCUUAUGGACCACACGUUAGAAAAUGGAUGGGUGAUGACGACAAGAUAGCUAAUCUGGGGCAAUGCUUCGUCGCUGUUAACCCAAACAUGUUUGCAUCAGGAUUUUCAGAUCGACUGGCUGAUCUUAUGACAAUCUUACGAAAUCUUCCUCCUGCUGAUGGUGAAACUGAUGUGAUGGUUGCUGGUGAUCCAGAGAGGCAGCACUUGGAGAAGGUCAAGCAAUUGGGAGGAAUUCCUUAUCAUCCAGCUGUCAUUGCUGCUCUUGACACCCUCGCUGAUGAACAGCAAGUAGCAAGAAUUAAAUCACAGAAUUAAGACACAAACGUCAUCUCCACGAAGUCAAAAGUAUUAUAGCAGUUUGUAAUGAAGUCUUGUAACCCAAUAUGUUGAUGUUUUCUUUUGCUAAUCAAAUUUCUUUAUGUAAUUGAUAUUAACAAAAUGUGAUUAAUGUUUGUAAUUUAUUAGAUGAUUUGUAUUAAUUAUG